GAGGAGGAGGAGGAGGAUGCGGAAGUGCUGAGGAGGAAAGCUAUAAAUACACGCAGCGUGUCCAAGGACACCGACACCUCGUGAAAAAGAGCAGAGAGCGGGAGAAACUUCGAGGAGCACAGCCGCGUGUCACAGUUCAUCCGAUGAGAAGAGAAGUAUCCUGUGAAGCAACAAUGGACCAGGCAAGGACUACAAUAUCCAAAUUUCUUAAUGGGGAGCCACACUCCUACACACGCUUCAACCUGACGCAGAACAUGGAAGGUGACACCAGCCAGGUGGAGAUGAAACUGUCCUCUGACAUGGAUGAGGAAGUUGGGGGAAAUGGAGUUGGAGACCAUCUCAAUCACAACUCACCCCGCAAACCCCACAUGGCUCAAAAGUUAAGACGCUCACCCAAGCACCUCUGCUUCAUGGCAGUUGCAACCCUCCUCAUCUUCAUCAUUGGGUACUUGAUUGGCUACCUGGUCCAACGUAAGAAGGACUUGACUCCCGGCUUUUCAGCCACCUCAGUCCCUUAUCUAAAGGAAGUUGCUCCUGUGCCCUACGAGACAGGUGCUGCCCCCCUCAUGAACUGGGGCGAUGUCCAAAAACUCCUGGCUCAAAAACUCAGUGCAUCCAAUUUUGAAGCAGCCUUUAGAGGUUUUACCAGUGACAGCCACCGAGCUGGUUCUCUUGGUGAUGAAGUGCUUAGGGACACGGUGAUCAAGAAGUUUACAGAAUACAGAAUGCACCCCUGGACUGAUGUGCACUUUGUUAAGGUCCAGGACCCCCCAGCUUCUGGCUCCAACAGAUUUGUUUUCAACGGGACCGAAGAGCGUCCAACUGGGUUCCUGUCCUACAGUGCCAAUGGAAUAGCAAAGGGUACUGUUGUGUAUGCACAUUACGGACAGGAAGAUGACUUAAAGAUGCUGGUGAACAAGAACCUUGACCUGAGUAGCAAAGUCCUGCUGGUCAGAGCUGGUAAAAUCAGUUACGCUGAGAAGGUAGCCAAUGCUGCCAAAAUGAAUGCAUCUGCUGUGUUAAUCUACGCAGACCCCACUGAUUACAGUAUUGGAGACAACACUCAGCUCUUUGGACAUGUCCACAUGGGUUCAGGGGAUCCCUACACCCCUGGCUUCCCCUCUUUCAACCACACCCAGUUCCCCCCUGUCAAGUCUUCAGGCCUGCCAAAAAUCUUGGCUCAGACCAUCACCCCAGCCAUGGCUACUAAAAUUCUAAGGCAGCUGGGGGGUCAGGUUGCACCGGGAGACUGGGCAUGCUACAACAAACUAGGAGAUGAGACCGAUAGCAUUACUGUGGAGGUCAACAACGUUAUUGCUGAGAAAAAGAUACAUAACGUCUUCGGCGUCAUCAAAGGCUUCGUGGAUGCAGAUCGGUAUGUGGUCAUUGGUGCACAGAGGGACGCAUGGGGUCCAGGAUUUGCUGCAUCGACCGUUGGCACCAGCGUCCUUGUUGAGCUGGCCCGUUCCAUCUCAGACAUGGUGAAAAAUGAUGGAUUCAAGCCGAGGAGGAGCAUUGUGUUCGCUAGCUUUAGUGCUGGAGAAUAUGGGAGUGUUGGUGCCACCGAGUGGUUGGAGGGUUAUAUGUCCACUCUGGGCAUGAAAGCUUUCUCCUACAUCAACCUGGAUGGUAUCGUAACAGGUCGCAGUGGAUUUAAAGUAGCGGCCAGCCCCUUGAUGCACAAACUGAUUGAGAAUAUGCUGAAACAGGUGGCAGCUCCAAACAAAGAUGGCACUCUCUUUUCUCAGUUUUCAAAAGGCGACUUGAAAAAAAAUAUCUUGGAGCCUCUACAGAUGGAUAAUGCUGCAUAUCCCUUCCUUGCCUUUUCUGGCAUUCCCUCUCUCUCGUUCAGAUUCACCUCUGGUGACAAAGACUACCCGUUCUUUGGCACAAUGCUGGACACCCAAGAAAACCUGAACAUCGCCACCGUCAACCAAGUCCCUCAGCUGGCUGUAGUAGCGGCCCAGUUCGCAGGUCAAAUUGCUCUGAGGCUGGUCCACGAUCAUCUGUUGGAGAUGGACCUGAAUGAGUACAGCGACAGUAUACGUCUUCACGUGUCUCAGAUCCAAUUGAAAGUCAAGAACAUUAUGAGGAUGAAGCCCCAGCUGUUGCCCAAGUCCCUGACCGUACAGUGGUUGAUGUCAGCCGCCGGCUCCUUUACCCGUGCCAUGCAGAAACUGGGAAACGACAUCAAGAACACUGACCUGGAUAACAUUGAGAAGUGCCGCAUCCUCAAUGACCGCAUAAUGGCGGUGGAAAGGAACUUCCUGUCACCCUACGUGUCUCCCACAGACAGACCUUUCCGCCACAUCCUCCUGGGCUCCGGUGCGCACACUCUCACAGCUCUGUCCAACCACCUCAACAUCCUCAGGACCGACAGCCAUGGGGCAGAUGCUGACUUGUUUUGUACACAGUUUGCGCUGGCGACCUGGACCAUUCAGGGCUGUGCCAUCUCACUAGCAGGGGACAUCUGGGCCUUGGAAAAAGAGAUCUAAAAAAAAAUUCUUCCCCCCUCCUCCCUUGUUUAUGGUUUGGCCCUCUUCACAACUAGCAGUGUGAAAACCAGUACGAUGUUACAAAUCAGUUACACAGCCUUUUUAAAUGAGUAUUCUUAGGAAUUGAUAAAAGUGGAGCAGUUUCUAAAUGGAUACCAUUUUAGUAUCACCGUGGUAACGUUAUUUUCAACAUUUCAGUGAUAAUCCGCUUCGUCUCAUUUAAUUUUCCAUAAAGCCAAACGAAAUUUAUAUAUCAGCCUUCUGCCCUAACAUUACAGUUCAGUGGGUCAAUUUUUUUUUUUUCCCCACUGCGGAGAGAUUUUUAUUUUAACAUGUGGUACUUAAAUACCACAAUCUUCAAUACAUUGGUGCUAAUAACUGCUUCCUUUUAAAUUCCCAAAUUAUGUGGCAGUACUACUUACAUUGGUGCAUGUAGAUGUAGUGACGGGGACGCAUUUUCAGCACAGUAUCGGGUCAUAAUCACAUGAAUGACUGUGAUAUCCAGCUUUUGAGGUUCUUAAAACAUAAAAGUUCAAUACAGUAAGCUAAGGAGUUUACAUUUCUUUACCAUAAUAAUAUUUCCUAAGUGCUGGUCUUUCCACUGCUGUGGCCUCUCGUUCGAACCUGAGCUGUUUUGUGUUGGUAGCUAUUAUUUCAUACUGUGCUGAAAUCUGCUACUCGGCUCAUCGUAAGAGGUCAAAACGCUGCACAGAACACAUCCAGAAGAUUUGGGACAAUCGGCUUCAGUUGCUGCCAGUUUUCAACAAUCGAGCUGCAUUAAUCCUCUAAGUCCUCAUUCAUACGUUCCACCUCCUGAUAUGAGAGCAAAUCUGCCUUUUUUUUAAAUAUAAAAAAAAAAGCAAGGGAGAAGGUCUCCAACCACAUGGCACUGAAACAAAAAACGUAUGUCUAUUUAUUGUGUUAUUUAUUUAUCAGUGGCAGGGAUCACUAUAAAUAUAUCUAUUUUUUUUAAUUGCCUUUUAUAAAAAAAAAAACGAAUUAUCGGGAGCAGUGUCUUCCAUAAUUAUGACAGUAAUACUGUCGAAAUGACAAAAGCAGCAUCUGCUAACAGAAGUGUUCAUGUUGACUGACGGCCGGUACUGCACACAACAACAUUCUGACACCUUUGAGAGAAGAGUCAGAUUUUCAAACAUAACUGACACCGGUUUGGUCACAAAUCACACAUGACAAGUAUUACCUCUGGACGACCGGUCAGUGCUGCGUCUGUGGUACAUGUACACUUCUCGUCCUGACACCGUUAUCGGGAGCAGUGCCUUCCAUAAUUAUGACAGUUGUACUGUUGAAAUGACAAAAGCAGCAUCUGCUAACAGAAGUGUUACAGACAGACCACACUGCACACAAACACAAUCUGACUCUUCUCAGCAAAACUGUUCAGUUUGCAGAGACUUAAUGACUCUGGGUUGGUCAAACACAGCUGAUUUACCGUCAGUGCUGGAUCUUUGGUACAUGUACCCUUCUCGUGCUGUCAACCUUAUCGGGAGCAGUGUCUUCCAUAAUUAUGACGGUAAUACUGUCGAAAUGACAAAAGCAGCAUCUGCUAACAGAAGUGUUCAUGUUGACUGACGGCCGUUACUGCAAACGACAACUUUCUGACUCCUGUUUGUAGAGAAGAGUCCGAUUUUUCGAACAUAACCUGGCAUGACCUGUCAGUGCUGUGUCUGUUGCACAUGUACACUUCUCGUCCUGACACCGUUAUCGGGAGCAGUGCCUUCCAUAAUUAUGACAGUUAUACUGUUGAAAUGACGAAAGCAGCAUCUGCUAACAGAAGUGUUACAGACAGACCACACAAACACAAUCUGACUCUUCUCAGCAAAACUGUUCAGUUUGCAGAGACUUAAUGACUCUGGGUUGGUCAAACAACUGUUGAUCUCCCGUCAGUGCUGGAUCUUUGGUACAUGUACACUUCUCGUCCUGACAACCUUAUCGGAGGCAGUGCCCUCCAUAUUUCACUGUAGGGGUGGAUGUUUUUUAUUAUCGGGAACAGUGUUUCCCAUAAUGUUUGUAUAUAUUGCUACACAAUGCACAUGUGGUCUGCAUCUUUUGAUCUUAUUUUUGCUGUAAUGUUAUUUCCUCUCAGACUGCAGGGUUCAGCUUCUGCUCAAAGUAAUUGUGAUGACUUUUCAUCAACAGCAGCGCUUAUUAAAAUACUUCCCAUCUGUAAGUCAAGCAAACUGCACGUCUUUAAUCAGUUCUUGGUUUCUUUGCUUUUUGACAUUUUUAAUCACCUGUAUUUUGUGAACGGAUGUGAUGUGGAAGGUCUUCAGCUUUAAUUGACACAAACCUGUGUGGGGCCGCUGUGCUCAGUCGUGUGGUUCAAUACUACCAAGAAAACAUGACCACUCUGCAGAUAUGAGAGUUGCUCUUAAUGAUUGUGUCAUUGUGAAAGUUUUUUUCUUUUCUUUAACUGUAUUUGUUUGUUCAGAUUUCCUUGUGCCUUUUUUUUUUUUUUUUUUUUUUUAAUUUUUGGUGGCUUCAUUAUUCAACAGUUUCUGCACACAAAGUACUUCAAUGAGUUUUGACUUGUUUAGUUUUGACAUUUUUGCAUUUUCUUAUUUUCCUGUUGACUAGAAUCAAACGUUACUGGUGUUAAUGCCUGUUAUGAUGCAACACAUUUAGAUUAAAUACAAAGUUACAUGAUGGAUGAAAAUGUUGGGGAAGGGAAAUCAAUGUAAAUGUUACACUGAAUGUUAUAGUUGAUAUGGUUCUUUCUUUAGCUUAUCUGCUAAAUCUGGUCAGCAUUAUUCAGUAAGUGUGUGAUUGCGGAAAUCUUCUGUCACGCCGCUAUAGAAAAACAGUUUUGGUUCAGAUCUGCGGGGCAUUUCUUAUGUUGGCAAAAAAAUUACAAACAAAAUGAGAAGCCUUUGUUCUGCAAAAUUUGUCUUUAUUUGGAGAGCGUUCUAAUUCUGAAAACCUGGAUAAGAAUGUGUUUGAAAAUUUGUUAAAUUUGCAUUGUUUUCCUAUCACUGUAUACAAUUCUGCUUCAAUAAACAGUGUCAUAACUGUC